GCUGCAAAAAGAGACACGUUAUUCUUCCAGCCCGGAAUUCAAGUCACUUGGAUUGAAAAUGUUACUGUAGCUCAUUGUGUACACAAUUCUGAUUGGGAAGAGGCUACGCUUGUGUUUAUAGAACGUUUCGUUUACAAGUAAUGGAACCGGAAAGUCAGAAUCUGUCAAUAUCUUUCCAACUUUACCGGACUUUCGGCGCGGCGUUUACUCUUCGGCGUUGUGAUUUGCACUUCAGGGCCACCGUAGUUCGAGGGUUACGACUUGCUUUUAGGGUUAGACUGGGGUUUAGGUUAGGGUAAGGGGUUAGGGAAUGCAUUAUGUCAAUGGGGGUCCUCACAACUAUAGAGAGACAAACGUGUGUGAGUGUGUGUGUGUGCGCGCGCGCGCUGGGUGGCGCCAUGUACGAUUGACAGGUCGGGUCUCCUCGACGCUGCAGCUGCAGACGGGAUGAAGCCGUUAUAUCUGAGAGUAGACGAGAGAAGAUGAGCCACUCCGUCAAAUGUCCUGAUGCGACGACCCGCUAUGAUAUGUACAGGGACCAGUGCGUGCCGUGCCCCUUCAAGCCAGGGCACGGAGUCUCCCCCAACUGUGGCUACGAUGACGACGGAGGGCUCCACGAGCCUCACCACUCGCCGUGCGGAGAGGGGCAGUUCAACGACGGCAGCACGGCGCGAUGUCGGCCCUGUUCUGCAUGUCCGCCCGGAUCACACGUCGUCUGGAGCUGCACCAGUGUCACCGACACCCGCUGUCAAGAGCCCACAGUGAGUGGAGGGCUGCGGGGAGACUACUACCGAUUACAGAUCGCAUGGCAGUUUUUUGUAAUCCAUUGGAUAAUGAUUCCGACAAACACUGGAUCCAAUUUAAUACCACAUGCAACAGAUUCGGGCCAGAUAGCUAUUAGUUCUGUUUUACUAUGGGCUGUACCAUUAGCCAUCCUAAUUUGCAUUCUGGUUGCUUUAUCCGCGUUCAUAAUCUACAGGAAGCGGAACAGAGGCCGAGGCGCAGUACUGAGUUUCAGCAAAAGGUCUUCAUUGGUCAAAGACGGAUUCUCUCCGCUCUCUGCUCCGGCCUGCAACAACGACCUGGAGGACAUUCUCAGUCCUGACAUCCUGUCGGCACCUUUACAGACAGUGCUGGACAACCUGGAUGUUUUAGAAGAGCUGGUGAUUUUGUUGGACCCGGACAACCAAAUAGUAAAGAGCACCAAGCAUCUGGCAUCACUCUGCUCCUUCCCCUCCACCUGGAUCACCUACACCUACUCCAUGAAGGACAGCAAGAGCCCCCUGAAAGCCGUGCUGGAGGGGGUCACGAGCAGGCACCCAGACUGGACAGUAGCCAACUUUGCAAAGCUGCUCAGACAAAUGGAGCGUAACGACGCUAUCGCCGUUCUCGCCCGGCUCGGACUUAACGAGAUCGCCAUGUGAUAACACUGCUUCGUCCCUGAUUGGACAAAAUGAGCUGCCAGUGCAGGCUGAGCAGAUGAGCACACUUUUCUGCAGUAAGCAUUUUUUUUUUUAUAUAAACAACCAAAAACUGUACCCAGCGCUUUCGGUACAUGAAAAGCGCUUUAUAAAUCCAAUAUAUUAUUAUUAAAAUACAUGAAAUGUUAUUCAACAAAUCUCUGUAAUAUUCCAGUGAAGGCUCAUGGCUUAAACAUUACUAGUUUUUCUACGCGUCUUCUUUUAUAAUAAAAAAAUUGAGUGUUUUGUUCAAA